AUGUCAAUGCAUCCGAGUCAUAGUGGAAAUCAUUUAAAUGUUCCUGCUGGAAAUGAUGGAAUGACCAGAGUUAAAUCUAUUGAAUUUUUACAUUUGGGAUAUGAACAACAAACUCCUCAAUCAUUAUUUCACAAUUUGAGACAACCUGUUCAUAAACAUGAACCACAAGCGCACUAUAAUCAUUCUGAAUGGGUUGCUAGUUUACAACCAAUUUUUGAGAAUUAUUUCCAUGCUGAAUUACAUUUAAUCAAAGAUCAGGAAUCACAUUUGAAAAAUACUGUGAGAAGAAUUGUAAAGAAAAUUUCUGAAAAGAAUGAAAAGGGAGAAUCAUUCUUUGUUGUUGAUUUGUCACAUAUUGUGAGACAGAUUGAGAGAUGGAGAAAGGCAAUGACAAUCUAUCCAAAGGAUCAACAAAAGAUUGAAAUUGAUGAUCGUGGUGUGAGACCUUUCUAUGCUGUGAAAUGUAAUCCAAAUGAAAAUAUUGUAAAGGUUUUGUACAUGAUGGGAUGUGGAUUUGAUUGUGCCAGUGAGGCUGAAAUUGCACUCGUUUGUGAGACUUGUAAAGAAGUUGAUACUUGGUUGGAAAAUAAUCAACAAUUCUAUGAAAGUUUGACAAUUGUUAAUCCAGAUCCUUCAUUGGAACAAAUUAAGAAUAGAAGAUUUGUUCCUGGACGUGAUAUCAUAUUUGCUCAUCCAUGUAAACAAAUUUCACACAUGGAAUAUGCUGCAAAAGUUGGUGUUGAGCUUACUACGCUCGAUUCCGUUUGUGAAAUUGAAAAGAUUGCAGAACAUUGGAAGGCUGCCAAGUGUGUAAUCAGAAUCAAGACUGAUGAUUCACAUGCAACUGUUGGUUUCUCUGCCAAAUUUGGCUGUAGUAAGUUUGGUCAAACUAUUCUCCUCGAAAAAGCAAAAGCUCUUGGUGUUAAUAUUUAUGGAAUUUCAUUCCACGUUGGAACCAAUUGCUCAGAUACAAAUUCCUAUAAGAAGGCCCUUCAAGAUGCUGCAGAGCUUGCAAAACUUGCAAUCAAAUAUGGAUACAAGCUCUCUUUGAUUGAUAUUGGAGGAGGUUUCAUGGGUAGAAUUAAUGAUGAAAAUCCAAUGGAAACUGUAGCCUCUCAAAUCGUUCCUGAAAUUCAAAAACUCUUCUUGAGAGAUGAAUCAACCAAUGCAGACGAUUCAAUCAUUGAUCCAAAGACUAUCAAAUUAAUUGCAGAGCCAGGUCGUUACAUUGUCAGUGCUUCACAUACCCUUGUCUGCAAUGUUCACACUGUUAAGGAUAUGAGAUUGGAGAAUGAGCAAUUGAAGAAGGAAGGCAUUCCAACACCUGACGAUUUUAUCUAUUACCUCAAUGAUGGAAUUUAUGGCUCUUUUAAUAAUAUUGUCUUUGACUAUGUCCACUUAGUUGUAAAUAUGAUCAUGUCCAAGUCAACCAAACAUGAAAAGAAGUAUGCAUCUACCUUGUUCGGGCCUACAUGUGAUUCAUUAGACUGUUUGAGUAGAGGAUAUCCAUUACCUGAGCUACAUGCAGGAGAUUAUUUGUUUUUCAAUAAUUUUGGAGCUUACACAACUGCAGCUGCCUCAGAUUUCAAUGGUAUGAGAACCAAAAGAAUGUUUUACAUUUGGAGAAACUAAAUCUAUAGAUCCAUAAAAUUAUGGAUCACCUAUUAAAGUCUUUAUUCCAAGC